CUGCUGUGGCCAGAUGAAAACCAAAACGUGCCCGGCCCACAUACGACACAAACUCCUAUUCGGCUGAUUUUCGGUGCGUAAUCGCGCCCAAAAACCGGAUAUAUGCUCCUCCUGCGGCGGAGAAGCGGAUAAUGAGAGAGAGGAAGUGACGGGGACUGAAGCGCAGAGAGAAAGAGAGAGAGAGAGACGGACUGUUUUCCUCUGGAGUUUUCCUGGAGGAAGCUACACGAGCAUCAUGAGGAGAACUAAAGGAGGAGAAGAAGAGAGAUGGUGAAGCUUUCAGAGCACGCAUCUGCUGAACAGCUGCACACCACGACGUCUGUGAGACUGGCUGCUGCUGCUGCUGCUGCUGACGUGGAGGUGCAGCUGUAGGUGAACGAGGUGAAGCCCUUGACCUCUCCAGAGGAGAUGCCGUUUCCCAGGGGAAUGCUGCUGUGCCUGGGCAUUCUCCUGAUGACUGCUGGGGGGGUCACAGUCCUGUGUGUGGGCCUACCAUAUGGGUCCGUCCCGCUGUUUGGACUCGGGGUGUUCCUGGGACUCGGGGGCAUCAGCUUGCUGGUCGGCGGACUCUGCAUGGCCAUGAAGAAUCUCCAGGUGGCAGUGCCGGGACACUUCCUGCUGCACCCGCGCACAGGCACACGCUUCAGCCCGCAGCAGGCUCAGGCCAUACAAAGGAGGUUGGACCGAAUUCGACGAGAGAUCUCGACGGACUCGGUCAGCCAGAGACCGGCGCCCGAACCCUCCCUUCCGUCCACCCCACCGCCGUGGACCAUGGAGCCGCCUCCGUCCUACGACACAGUGAUGAAAAGCCAGGAGCACAGUGAGCAGCUUUAACCUCCGGGGUGGACAACUGUGCCUUUCGCCCGUCGUCGUCGGUGAGAAUCUGUAAAGAACAGUUGGUGCUAAUCGAUGAACUCACUGCCUCUGGUGUGCCUUUACACAGCCACUGUGAUGAUGAUCCCAAACACAAGACGAAGAGCGAGGAGAGAGACGGACGGGAAACAAAACAAUCAGCAUGAGAACUUCUCUCUUUACACUUUGGGCCCGUCUAGUCUUGAGACUACCAUUUUUACUACAGACCUGAAGGAACCCUGUCCACAGAUCGGCUCUGAGACUCCCUUGGAAAACAAAUUAAGAUACUUUAAUGGCCUCUUUGAAUUGAUGUGACCUACUACUGUGGCUGUGCGGCACUCUUCUUCAGACACUUUCCUCUUUGUAUCUGCACUCUGUUCUGUUGUAACUUUGCACAUGAUUCAUUGACAGCUUACUCCAAUGCUAAAUGCCUUAAACAUUGAUGGCAGAAUGUCUAACAGUGUCUUGUUAUUUAUCUUUUGGCUUUGUAUGCAGUAUUUGCAGUAUGUCCACUGUUGUUUUUGUGUUGUGAUGCGAUUAUAAACUUGAGUAAAUGAAUA